AUAUGUAUUUGUAAGGAAGUGUGGGUUAAUAAUUGUGUGUGUUUCAAGGAUGUUGGAGGCGAAUCAAAGCAACUCCAAAAUUAUCAGAUAACAUAACAUGUUUUGACAGUCGUCUGUUGUUCAAGAUAUUUUAAUGAUUUACUACUUAACCAUCAAAACAAGUCAAGGUCUGUGUGUGUGUGUGAGUGUGUGUGUGGGUGGGGUAUAAAAAAAAAUAAUGGGCCAGAUAAAGAAAUGGACUUAAAAAUCCACAAUGACAGAAACUGAUUUAAGGACACAAAAAGCAUUGUGGGAAAACAACAGAAACAUAUAGUGCUGUAAAUCAACUUCAGCCACUUUCCAUCUGAAUCCUUCACAGUUGUUUGUUCGGGAUUUGUUAUUUGUUAUUUUGUUACCAUUGUCAAUCAAGCUCGACUUUGAACUGGUUCUGUUAUAGGCAAAUAUGUUACCUGACCCUUUAUUGAUCCGACAAUAAGGUGUGACCCAAACACUGAAGUUUAUCUCCUUCCUUGAUGAACAUUACACUGAAGUGUACACAAGUGUGUGCCAAGAUGCAGUUGAAACUGAAUCCCUGUGACCCAGCAGCUAUGAAUAGCUGCUUGUUUAUGCAGUGAGGAAAGCUGAGUCUGAGAGAAAGGGGAUUGAGGGGGUAAGAAAGGCAGAGAAAAGUAAACAUGGGAAAAACUAGUAAAUUUAUCAAGACAAGAGAGUUACGUUUUGCUGGAUGUUAACCGCAUUUAUAAAUACCUCAGAAAGACCGCUGCAGGUAGUAGUUCAAAGAGAGAGUUAAGCCCAGCCGGUGACAUGGAGUUUACCAGACGUUACCUGCCAUUGGAAUGGGAAGAGCGAUGGAGGAGAGAGAAGGAGAGGCGGAGAAGAGUGAUUGAAGAUGGCGGAGAAGAAGGGAUAGAACAGGACAACCGCGAGCUGAGGAGGAUCGUGGCUUACAAUGAUUCCAGGAUGGGGCUAAUGAGUGGGAGGGCUAAGACUGAGAGGUCAGAAGUUAAGAUAAGUGGUACUAGUCAGGAGGGAUUUGGGGAGAAUAUGAGUGAGGGGGCAUUUAGUGAUGAAGGACUUGUCCGCUCAUACCACAGUGAAACCUAUCUUGAAGAAGUAUUCAUGACCCUGAAAGAAUUCAGGGAUUCAUCCCUUCUCACAGACCUGACUCUGACCAUAAAUGAUGAAAAUAGCUAUCACGUACACUCUCCUGUCCUGGCCGCUGUUAGCUCCUUCAUUCGGGAGAUCCUGAGAGAUGAAAGUGAAGACAGUGAUAUGGAUUUAGAAAUCCAAGGGAGGUCAGUGUCUCUGGGUCCUGAGGUUGAUCCCAUUGGGCUACAGGCAGUUGUGGAUUUUGCCUACACUGGAGUUGUAUUGUGUUUGAACAAAGACACCAUGGCCCUGAUUAAGGCUUCAGCUCAAGCACUAGGCAUCCCUAGAUUACUGGAUCUCUGCGAGAAAGAGGAGAGGAUGAGGGACAUUGGAAGUCCGAAGAAGGAGGAGCAAAAGAUCCCUCCUGUGAAACAGAUGAAGAUUACUCUUCAGUCCAUCAAAAAUCUGUGGGCAGACAGAGUGGGGUGUGAUGUGAUUUUGGAUGUGGAAGGGGGUUCGUUCCAUGUUCACAGAGUUAUCCUGGCAGCAAGCAGUGACUACUUCCGUGGCAUGUUCACCUGUGGGAUGAGGGAAUCCCGUCAGACCCGUGUUGUCCUUCCCUCCCUGUUAGCUUCUGAGUUAGAAGCUCUGAUUAGCUGCUCCUACAGUGGGACUCUGCCACUUAGCUGGGACUGUGUCUUUGAGAUCACCUGCAUGGCCCUCCAGCUUCAGUUCCAGCCUGCCCUUUCACUGUGCCUCGACUUUAUGAGAAAGAAAAUGGAGGCAGGCUCAUGCCUGGAUGUAGCAUCUUUUGCUGAAGCCUAUGUGAUGUCAGAGCUCCUCGAGGAAGCCAACGACUUCGUACUGAGGAACUUCUGGGAGGUGUCAGGCACGGCAAAGUUUCAAGAUCUACCAGCAGAGAAGCUUCUAGACAUUGUUUGCUGUGAUGGUCUGUGCAUACCCUCAGAGUUGACUGUAUUUCGAGCUGUAUCCUCCUGGAUUGAGGCUGAUCCUGAGGAGAGAUUGAGCCAAGCUGGUUUAUUGAUGACUGGAGUGCGGUUCCCUCUCAUGACCUUUCGAGAGUUUAGGGAGGUGAGGGCGAUUAACUUGCGGAUGGAGUGUUUCAGGAACAAGGAAGUCGAACUCUAUGGUUCAGCACUCAAAGAAUUUGGUUUCAGCCUUCCAAAAACUCAGGAUCAUUGCAGGGUUCGGCAUCCCAAAGAUGCUCUGGUUUUGAUUGGGGGAGACCAGCUGAACCCAGAUGCAGGUCAACGUAUAGCAAGCAGGGAACUAUGGUUUGUAAACUCCCUACGUAGUCUUACAGGAUUGGUGAAGGAGAUUGAGUGGAGGAAGCUGGGUGAGAUGCCAGACAAACCAAAGUUCAGGCAUGGAGUAGCAACAAUGGCAGAAAGAUUGUAUGUGGUUGGAGGAUGUUACUUCUACACCAAGCAUGACAUAAUGAAAUCUGCCUACAGUUACGACCCUGUGCAGAACAGCUGGAAGAGGCUGGCUGACAUGCAGGAGUUUAGAAGUAACUUCUCAGUGGCGGUGCACGAGGAACGUCUUUAUGCCAUUGGUGGAGAUAAGGAGAUUAACACCAACGUAGACAGUGUUGAGAUGUACAACCCACACACCGAUUCCUGGAGCUUCGUCCAUCCCCUAGAUCAGGCUCUGAGUGGCCAUGCUGUCACUGCCGUAGAUGGAGGAAUUUUCAUUUCUGGUGGUUUCAACUGCAAGUAUGAGUGUCUGGUUUCCAUGCUCCUGUACCACCCAGAGAGAGGAACCACUUACCUGGCAGACAUGGCCAAUGACCGGGCCCAGCAUUGCAUGGAGUCCCUGCAAGGCCAUCUUUACGUUGCUGGUGGUGUGUGCAACCUGAGGAAGUUUUACACUGACCAACAAGUCUGUGAGGUGUAUGAUCCUGUGGCUGAUUCCUGGACUGUUUUUGCAUCACUGUCUGUGCCCCAUGUGGGUGCAGCCUCAGCUGUCCUGGAGGAGAAGAUCUACGUCCUGGGCGGGUACUGUCAGGACGAUUACAGUGAGUCUGGGCUGGUCCACCGGUUCGACCCCAGCAUACAGCGAUGGGAGAACAUGGGCAAACUGCCUGGGGCUGUUUCUGACAUACGGGCCUGUCUGUUCAGAUUGCCCCAACACUUAAGACUUUAACAACUGGCUGGUCAAGAUCAUAAUUUUUGGUGUGAUCUACUUCUAAAAUGUAAUGUAUAAUAAGAUGUGGUCCAGCUGAAGUUCUUUUGCGAGAGAUGUCACAUGAAUUUUAGGAAUAGCAAUAGAAAUAGACAUAGAAAUGGAAAAAGUACACUAAGGAGAAGGCUCAAACAUAAAAUCCAAAAUACUUGUUAACAUUCAUGUUAAUCGUCUAUCAAAUAGCGACAUAUUAUGACAAUAUGAAUAGUAUUUUUUGACUACCUUAUUGUGGAGUGAC